GUCGGUGGGUCGGUGGGUCUGUCGGCGGGAUGUCGGUGCCGCGCGCGGGCCCCCGGGUGCUGGUGCAGUACGUGGUGCUCCGCGGGGACCUGUCGCGGGCGCCGCUGUCGUGGCCGCUGGGCGCCCUGGUGGCGCAGGCCUGUCACGCGGCCACGGCCGCCCUGCACGUCUACCGCGCCCACCCGGACACCGCCGCCUACCUCGGGGACCUGGGCUCCAUGCGCAAGGUCGUGCUCGAGAUUCCGGAUGAGGCGGCCCUGAAGGCCCUGGCCACACACCUGCAGCAGGAGAGCGUCGACCACACGCUGUGGCUGGAGCAGCCCGAGAAUACGCCCACCUGCCUCGCCCUCCGACCCUACCCCAAGGACGAGGUGAACUCCCACCUCAGGAAGCUCAAGUUGCUCAAGUGACACCGGUGGGCUGACCUGAGGGACCCCCGGCUGCCUGCCCUGCCCCGCCCCCCCACCCCAUCUCCAGAUGCCGUCCACCCUCCCCCGGCCCUGGCCGGCCAGCUCCCCUCUCCGGCUGGUGGCUCCAGGGGCAUCGGCCAAUAAACCGCCCUCCACCCCCACAGCGGGCAGAGCCGAGUCAACAGCGGCUCCUCCUCUCCCCCCGUCACCAGGCAGCUGGGGUGGAGCCUGCCCCAACUUCUGGUGUCCCCAGUGUGACUGCUUCUAAUUCUUGUCCCAACUUUCCUGGGAGGGCAAAUGGGGCUACCCCCGCCCCUUUGCCCGGCUCAGUCAGGCUGGCGGUGCCCAAGAGGGUCGGGGGGGGGGGGGGUUGCCCAGAGUGCGAGAGGACCAACCUGGCAUAGGGUUCAGUCCGGACAGGAUGCUACGUUCUGACGUUAUCACUUAGACCCAUCCAACCAAGAACCCACUGAGGAGGGUGGGCAUGGACAUGGGGCCGGUUGCAGGGCCCUUGAUUCCAUGACCGCCUGGCCAGGCUACCCUACCCCAUCGCCUGCCCGACUCAGGCAAAUACUCACUGAUGUAGCAGAGGCAGCAGGGCUCAGCCGGUAGUAGUCUUGGGCUAGACUGGUCCCGAGGGAGGCAGAGCCUUGUGACAAGUUGACUGAAGAAGGGGUCCCGGUGUUGGAGGUGAGGGGAGCAGGAAGAGCCGCGGGGGGGUGGGCUUCACACAUUUACAGAUGGGUAAACUGAGGCAGCUGCCCAACACCGGCUGGGGAGGAGGUGGUGGUUUAGGUAUCCGAGAGCGGAUGAUGGCUGGCAAAAAGACCCAAGUAGCAACUCCUCACUCGGCUGAACUCUUGACCCCCUGACCCAAAUGAAGAAGUCCACCGGGCUAUUUGACCAGGCCCAGACCAGGGGUGGUUACUGGGGCCUCAACCACGGUUCUCUGGCCCCCUAUUUAGAGAGCAACCAGUGGCGAUGGAUAGUUUUAGAAAUCGGCCAGUGGGGAUGGAUGGUUUCUCUUAGCAGGAUCUGGGCCGGAAACAACCAGGCACUUGCCUCUUUGGAGUGUAAGCACCUCGAUAGCAACUUCAUGUCUUCUACUGCCAUCACGGGUCCUCAAAUGUCUGAUACAGUGCCCUGCACACCGUAGAACCACAACAAAACCCCUUACAUACAGUAGGCUCCCACGUAUGCAAGAAGCAGCCAGUACAGUGCCGUUGGUGACAAUAAAAUAACGACGUGACAUUUUCACUGAUAAAUGUUGACGUCACCUGGACGUUUGCUCCCUCUCUGCCUCCUCCAGCCCAGCAGGUCUGGUCCAGGGAACCUCUCCUUACCCUUAUAAUAAUGAUAAUAAUAAACUCAUAAUGGGCA